UCGGCUCGGGGCGGGCCCGGGGGCCAGGGGAGGGUUGGGGUGGGGGCUCGGCGGUGCCCGGGUGCGAGGCACGUGUGCAUCCAGGAAGCAUCUGCGAGGAGCUGCCCAGCGCGCACCGUGGGGAGCGCAGCCCUCCGGGUCGGUCCGGCUGGGCCAUGGAGCCAUUGCCCGAGCCCGCGCCCCGGCCCGGGACCCGCUGGCUUCUGCUGCUGGCGCUGCUGCUGCUGCCGCCGGCCCCGGAGCUGGGCCCGAGCCAGGCCCGCGCCGAGGAGACCGACUGGGUUCGCCUGCCCAGCAAAUGCGAAGUGUGCAAAUACGUCGCCGUGGAGCUGAAGUCAGCCUUUGAGGAAACUGGCAAGACCAAGGAGGUCCUUGACACAGGCUACGGCAUCCUGGACCGGAAGGCCUCCGGAGUCAAGUACGCCAAGUCCAUUUCAGAGCACCCAGACCAGAUGACCUAUCUCCCUUCCAGCUCUGACUUCCCGUUGGGGGGGGCUCAGCCCCCCUCGUGCUGCUGUCUCCACAGGGACUUACGGUUAAUCGAAGUCACCGAGACCAUUUGCAAGAGGCUCCUGGACUACAGCCUGCACAAGGAGCGGACCGGCAGCAACCGGUUUGCCAAGGGCAUGUCAGAGACUUUUGAGACGCUACACAACCUGGUACACAAAGGGGUCAAGGUGGUGAUGGACAUCCCCUACGAGCUGUGGAACGAGACCUCUGCAGAGGUGGCGGACCUCAAGAAGCAGUGCGACGUGCUGGUGGAGGAGUUUGAGGAGGUGAUCGAGGACUGGUACCGGAACCACCAGGAGCAGGACCUGACGCAGUUCCUCUGCGCCAACCACGUGCUGAAGGGCAAGGACACCAGUUGCCUAGCAGAGCAGUGGUCCGGCAAGAAGGGGGACACGGCCGCGCUGGGAGGGAAGAAGUCCAAGAAGAAGAGCAGCCGGGCCAAGGCAUCCGGGGGCAGCGGCAGCAAACAGAGGAAGGAGCUGGGAGACCCCAGCCCCGAGGAGGACGAGGGCAUCCAGCAGGCAUCUCCCCUCACACACAGCCCCCCUGAUGAGCUUUGAGCCUAACCUGGCAGCCCCUGAACCCAGACUCCUGACGUGGAGGUGGAAGAAUCUGGGGCCGGCUCUGGCAGGCAGAUGCAGCUCUCCCGGCCCCGGGCCCUCCCGGCCUCGCUGGGUCCUCUUCCUGGGGGGGAGAGGCACAGCUCUGGGAAGAACUCAGAUGGCUACGUCAGCCCGCGCUGGCCUUUUCCCGCUGCCAAGCAUUUCUCUCCUGGCAAGGCUUCAGGCAGGCCGUGCGGGGUCGGGACUGCCGGGAACUCAGGGCGGCAGGUGUCGCUGGGCCCCAGGACUGGAGCCCUCUGGCCCCUGUGGGGCGGGCACGCCUGCCCCCAUCGGAAAGCAAGACUGCAGGCCCCACCCCCUCCUUUCUCUCAUCCUCCUGUGGACACCUUGUGCUCUGCCUGGCCCUCCCCAGGGUUCACAGAGUAAAAACCUUUUGGCCUUUU